UUUUGUUGAUUUGUCUCGAGCUUCCGGCUCCACUUUGAAACAACUACUUUUUCUUUAAAUUUUAUGCUGUUAAAUCCUUCCGCUUUUCCGCAAUUUGCUACAAAAACAAAUUAAUCUCCUAMGUCUCCAGGUCUAAGACCACAUUUUUCGAUAUAAUAAUAAUWAUUUUUUAAGUUUUGGGAAUUCUAAUUUGGGAUCAAGACGGGACGUCGUGACGAAGAGAACGUUGGCAGGUAUCCGUUAUAUCAGGAAAGCAGUCUUCAAAACGCUAGAAUAUUCAUCUAAAUAUCCCUUUUAGAGGAAAGUAACAUCACAUGGAGUACGUUUGAUGGCAUAUAUGUGUACAAAUGUUUUCAUCGCGUUCUAAGAGUGCAAUUGUUAAGGAUGGGAUUAUUGAACAGAUAGGAGAACAGAUCAAAGCUCUUCAAAUCAGCAAGCAAAAUGCAGAUGCUGAAGGAGACACAAACUACAGAGUUACAAGUAGAAAUAUCCACCUGCAAUGCCUACUGGACUUGCUGGAUCAUGUCUUAUUACAUGGACUAGUGAAUGUUGAGAAUGGGUACUGGCCAUUUGUUGUAAAGAUCACACACUCUGAGACUGUCAAACUGAUCUCAAGACAUCCACAAGUAUCAAAUGACCUUGAUAAAGGUAGAGUCUGGGUGUUUGUUGCUGUCUGUGAAGGACUUUUGGAAAGUUAUAUCCGCUUAUUCAUGGAAGGGCAAAAAGAUGCUAAAAAACUGUACACCAAAGAUGCAUUUGUUAGAGACAAAGAGAGACUAGUGAUUCUUCUGACAUUGGUGUCUGGGCUUGACUAUGUUCCUAUUGCACUAGAUAUGAGUUCUCCCUAUCUUGGUUAUGGAUGUCUACCAGCGCCACUAACCAAAGCGAGCAGCAGUAGCCCUCGUACUGUCGUAAAGAACGGUUCAAAACAAGGUCAUUCAAGAGAAAGCAGCGUUAGUACUUCGAGCAGUGUUUCUAGUUCGUCAACUCUACAUGCACCAACAAGCCCGAYAUGUUUACAUUCAAAUGAUACAGAAACCUUUGAGCUGCAUGACCGAAACGAAACGUCAAACAAUUUCAAGGAAUUUCAAGCAAACGGGUUGCAAAAUUUUAAAGUAGACCUUGAACUAAGAAAAGUAGAAUUUAAUCAAGCUAACGAUUUGUAUCACGACAAAGAACAAGCGAAAGAUAUGGCGUCGAAACAUUUUGAUACGAUUACAAAACCGUUUUGGAGAGCUGUCGGAAAACCUGUUCAAACCAACCAGUCAGGAAAUACUAAACCURUUGGGACCGAUAAGUCAACUGGCACUAAACCUGCUGAUAGCGACCAGUCGACUAAAACUAAACCUGUUGCCAGCGACCAGUCUGAAACCAAAGUUUUAGGUCUCAUGGACCCUCAUUUAUCCUCAUUGGACGAAGAUCUCUCGAKCGAUUUCCGAACUCGUUUAGGAAGUAACUUGUCGGAAAUUUCAAUGGAAGAUAUGGAUCUUGUUGUUCAGCAUGAACAUAUAAAAACUCGACGAGUAAUGAGGAAAARUCCAAGACCUCAACGAACUGAGAAAGAUGAGCAGAAAGCACRCAAGUAUCCUUCUCCUGAGGAUCACAAAGACGAACAUGACGAACAAGAUGAAGAUAAUGAAGGUUUAGACGUUCCCAAGCUGUAUGCUCGUACGUCUUCCUACCUCUCGGAUUAUCGGAACGACUCGGAGAGCGCAGCCAGUAGCGUGGUAUCGGGGGACUCUUUGGACCAGUUUUGCCGUGAUGCCGAUUUUGGGUCGCUGAAUAAUCUGAGUAGCGAAAGUGCUGUUCAUACCGUCGUUACAGAGUGCAAAAACGAACAGACUGAUUUGAUAAAGAAAGAGAAAGAACAUGAAGAGAAACCAAAGGCUGAGCAGAAGGAAAAGACUGGAAGUGAAGAUGCUGUGACUACGUCGUCAGAAUAUGAAGGAAUAAUYCUUGGUCUACCAAAGAGACCAAGUCUACGAGAUAUCCCAGGAAAUUCCUGYGAUGUAAGGACUGAUGCAAAUACUAUUCUUCUGUUAUCACUGGAGAUUUUCAAAAAUAGCGAUGAACAGUUUCACAGGAUGCUGUGUACUUCCACUGGUCAUCACUUUGGUCAGUUACUGUGUGCYUAUGUAUUGCUGACAGAUUUUGCUAUGUAUUUGAUAAGAAAAGUUUCAUUCAGAAAAGAGACAAGUUUUCAUACAGAUGUCGCUAUAGAGUUUGCAAACAUUAAAUCAAUUGAGAUCGGCCUGAACUGUCAGUCAGUUACCGUAGCAUCCAAAAAGGAACAYUGUACCAUUACGUUCGCAGAUGAAGCAGUUUCAAGGAGUUUUAUUUCAUCAUUGACGUCACAAGUGUCACGAUGCUGUCCAUCGAUGUCGCUGUCAAAUCUCGUGAGCAACACAGCACUACAACAAGAAUCAGCGAUAGUUAAAUGGAUGGCCAAGGACAAGAAAUUAAAGGUGUAAUGGAGGGUACUUUGGAUUACAAACAACAAAAUUAUUUAAGGAUUAGCUCAAAAUGGACCAAGGGAUACUUUGUUUUAACUAAUGGGACUCUGUGGCAAUAUUCAAAYCAGGAAAAGUGA